ACCUGCAACAAGAGGGCGGACGGCACAUUUUACGACUGCAACGAAAAGGAUUUGAAGGGAUGGAUGUUUGCUUUCUCUAAGUGAAGUCGGAUACAAAUUGUCUAAAGGAGCACAAUUAGUAAAUGAGAAAUUGCAAUCGAACAUCGGCAUCCUCACGCGGUUGAGGCCAAGUUGAUUAGGAACUGAGGAUAGCACAAGCAGCAUUUUUUUCUGCGUAAUUCGCAGCAAGAAUUCAGAUUUGACACGGACAGCAUAUGGUGAGACUACGCAUUAUGCGUAGGAAUCGAUCGCAAAACAUUUCCUGGAUCCUAUUUCGGCGUUGGGAAGGUAAAUACUGUCAGUGACUACAGAUGAUCACAGGUCCCCCCCUCCCCAACAGCACAGAGGCUAUCAGGCAAAUGGUAGCCGCUGUGAGUCGGGCGAAGAGCGAGAGACCAAACCCGGAGGAUUUCGGACAGAUGGAAUAGAAAGAAUGCUGCUCUCUCAAAAUGCAUCACAGUAGAUGGAUAAACUGACCAAAUAAAUAUACAGCAAACUUUCAGCGCUGAUUAUGACGCUGGGGUUUAAAUGAUAUGUUUUAAACUGACCGAGAACUGACAAAAUGCAUGUGCAAACUGAUCAGCUGGAUUGUUGAAAUGACUUGGUUGGCGCUGACGCUGUCUGAUGGCUCAAACUGCAUAAUAGCCAAAUGGCAUUUUAUUUUGCGUCGACUUGACGUUUAGAUCUCCAAUAUUGGAUCAGUUGUCUAGCUAAAAGUUCGGAUGAAAGUAAACAACUGGUGCAAUGUUAAACUACAUGGUCCGGAGCGUAAUGUACUGUUCGUGCUGAAGCGUAUGGGUCCUGCGUACUCAAGCUCCCGACUCCCACACAAAAAGGAUUGUCUCUGUUGCGGGGGGUGCAGUGCAGUAGCUGUCACAGCUCCACAUCUGGCUACUGACUGGAUAGUUAACUAGCUAGCUAGCUAGCUAACUGUUUUUCCUCUUGGGAAGCUAGUGAGGUUGAAUGGGUUUCUGCAUCAUUCGAGAGAAAGAUUGCUUUGUGAAAUCACCUCGGUGGUUAUCGUGUUCCGAAGGGACCUGUAUUUUGGACAAUAUCUGAGAUCAAUCGAACAGUUUGAAGUGAUUCACGGCUGUCUUCUUAGCGAAAACACAUAAGGACUUGCGUAAGUCACGUAUUUUUAAAGGCAAAGAUAGGGUGACAUUGCAGUCUCAUCAUAUUGGAUAUAACGUCGCCCGACAAAAAAAAAGUGAAAGUGGGGCAUUGUCCGUCACACGUAUUAACGCAGUGGGAUUUGUACGUCUGGUCGGCGUUCCCCCCCACCCUUCCCUUGUUGACGGUGAUGGGUCGGAAGCGGUGUGUCGGUGCAGAUUGUUCCAAGAUGGCGGCCGGGUGCUGCGGGGUGAAGAAGCAGAAGCUGUCGGGAUCCCCCGGGUCGGGGGGUCCUGGCGGGGUGGGGGCGGGAAACGGAGUGGCAGGGACCGGACAUUGUGGAUCGGACUUGGGGAUUGGUUCCUCCUCGACUGUGGCGGCAGGGAACAUGAAUCGAGUGAACGGCCUGGGGUGUCCUGGGGGUAGUAGUAGUAGCACCAACGCGUUGUCCCCAACCCCGGGAGGCUACAACUCAACUGGCCUCUCCCCGAAUCUAAGCCCGGGAUCUGGUUCGGGAAGUGGAGGCAGGAAGAUGGUUGUUUCGGCGGAGAUGUGCUGCUUCUGUUUCGACGUGCUUUAUUGCCAUCUGUAUGGAUACCAACCUCCCCGAACACCUAGGUUUACAAACGAUUCCUACCCGCUGUUUGUCACAUGGAAAAUAGGCAGAGACAAGCGGUUGAGGGGAUGUAUAGGUACAUUUUCUGCCAUGAACCUCCACCCAGGACUCAGGGAGUACACCCUUACCAGUGCCCUUAAAGACAGCCGCUUUCCCCCCGUGACGAGGGACGAGCUGCCACGCCUCUUCUGCUCGGUGUCUCUGCUCACCAACUUCGAGGACGUCGGUGAUUACCUUGACUGGGAGGUGGGUGUUCAUGGCAUUAGGAUAGAGUUUUUCAAUGAAAAAGGAUCAAAGCGUACCGCCACCUACCUACCAGAGGUCGCAAAAGAGCAAGGAUGGGACCACAUUCAGACCAUAGAUUCCUUACUACGAAAGGGAGGCUACAAAGCUCCCAUCACAAAUGACUUCAGGAAGACCAUUAAGUUGACCAGGUACCGUAGCGAGAAGAUGACAAUGAGCUAUGCUGAGUACAUUGCCCACCGCCAGCACCAUCACUACCAGAAUGGCACCGGGCACCCUCUACCCCCAUACAACCAUUAUUCCUGACAGCGAGCCGCAUGACCAAUCACUGGACCUCUCUGCGGACCUUUUCCCAGGAGAGCCCGCCCCCUCCUGGUCUAGUUAUCUCUACUACUGUACCAUUUUAUGAUGAUAGUUUCCGUUGCCAUGCUGACGCUCUCCCAGACGUUGACGUGGCAACGGGUGGCAAAAUGAGCAUCAAUUGAUAAUGAUGAGAAAAAACAAAAAUCUUUUAUUUUUAUCCUCCUAUUGAUUUAGUUUUUGCAGCAUAUAUAUCAAUAUAACCCCUUUAGUUUUUAUUUUUGUUCACAAAUACUCAAUUUUCCUAAAUGUAUUAUUUUCAAACAAUCCUAAUCAGGCUUUUGAUUCUGUGGAUGGAAGCAAGUCAUAUAUAUGGUGAAUUCGUAAUGCAUAAAGGUAUAGGCUCAUAUUUUGUGUAGGCUUAGCUACAGUGUCCCAUCUAUUAGGGAAAUGUUUUUCUUUGUCUGUUGAAUCCUUUCUUAGUAGCCAGCUUGGCAUUAUGUGUGUCAUGUGGCAAGCCAACAGCCGUUCUGGAAGACUCAAUCUUUUCCUCAAUUUUGCGAUUCUUCUCAAGGAAUGGACUUAGGUUGGUUUGGCCUUUGUAACUCGUUGUAGUGCUGUAGAUUGUAGGGUUGUGAUGGCACGCCACUAGUAUUUGCUGGUCUUUUUUAUUACAUUACCCCACACGUGUUUGCUUUGAUGUGUGUGGUUAGAAGUUUGUUGUUAAGUUCACAUUCCGACAGGAGAUUGAAAGCGCUAUAUUAAAUCAUGAAUAGGAUCAUGACAAAAUAUUUGACAGAGAUGUUCAUUUCCACCCCUGAGUGUUCAUAGUGUUUUGUAAUGAAACCUGCAAAACUUGAAUUGAAUUUGUACGGCUCCAGAUCAGAUAUUUUCACCCGCUCUUCUUUCCAACUUGAGAAACGUAUGGAGGAAGCCAUUUUAGCUGCAUUAAAGGAGGUUGUCUCUGUCCCUUGUCUCUGUGAAGCAGGCCGCUAGUGAAAGUGAUCCACGGGGCUGGAGGUUGUGAUAGGGUUGGCUGGAGGUUGUGAUAGGGUUGGAGAGUUGACUGGAGGUUGUGUUAGGGUUGGAGAGUUGACUGGAGGUUGUGAUAGGGUUGGAGAGUUGGCUGGAGGUUGUGAUAGGGUUGGAGAGUUGGCUGGAGGUUGUGAUAGGGUUGGAGAGUUGGCUGGAGGUUGUGAUAGGGUUGGAGAGUUGGCUGGAGGUUGUGAUAGGGUUGGAGAGUUGGCUGGAGGUUGUGAUAGGGUUGGAGAGUUGGCUGGAGGUUGUGAUAGGGUUGGAGAGUUGGCUGCAGAGCUGGAGGUUGUGAUAGGGUUGGAGAGUUGGCUGCAGAGCUGGAGGUUGUGAUAGGGUUGGAGAGUUGGCUGGAGGUUGUGAUAGGGUUGGAGAGUUGUCUGGAGGUUGUGAUAGGGUUGGAGAGUUGGCUGGAGGUUGUGAUAGGGUUGGAGAGUUGGCUGGAGGUUGUGAUAGGGUUGGAGAGUAGGCUGGAGGUUGUGAUAGGGUUGGAGAGUUGGCUGCAGAGCUGGAGGUUGUGAUAGGGUUGGAUAGUUGGCUGCAGAGCUGGAGGUUGUGAUAGGGUUGGAGAGUAGGCUGGAGGUUGUGAUAGGGUUGGAGAGUAGGCUGGAGGUUGUGAUAGGGUUGGAGAGUAGGCUGGAGGUUGUGAUAGGGUUGGAGAGUUGGCUGCAGAGCUGGAGGUUGUGAUAGGGUUGGAUAGUUGGCUGCAGAGCUGGAGGUUGUGAUAGGGUUGGAGAGUUGGCUGGAGGUUGUGAUAGGGUUGGAGAGUUGGCUGGAGGUUGUGUUAGGGUUGGAGAGUUGGCUGGAGGUUGUGAUAGGGUUGGAGAGUUGGCUGGAGGUUGUGAUAGGGUUGGAGAGUUGGCUGCAGAGCUGGAGGUUGUGAUAGGGUUGGAGAGUUGGCUGGAGGUUGUGAUAGGGUUGGAGAGUUGGCUGGAGGUUGUGAUAGGGUUGGAGAGUUGACUGCAGAGCGCAUUGUCCUCUCAUUCAUUGUUCUCUGAGAAAAAUACCUUCAUCCUGUUAUUUCAUGCUAGUUGGUUUGAGAGGAAAAAACAAUGAGGGAGACUUGAGUCUAGUGACAGGGAUAUGCUAAAACUACUUAAAGCCAUAUUCUGUUUUUAAUGCAUGUGGUUGUUUUGUAGGCUUAAGAUGUUUGCCCCCCCCGCUCUUCUUUGUAACCUCUGUGUUUACUUCCUCCAAGAGUUUACUUUAUUCUGGUGGCUUUGGUCCCAAAAGUUGGGUUUCCUCUCAAAGUUUGUGUUUUGGUCCUGGCUAGGAAUCUGGGCCUAUGAGACAUUAUCUGGACUUACUCAGUUAGUAUGGGUUAGCAUCAGGGGUGCAUUUAUUCGUCAGAGUCUGUUGCAAAAAGUUUUGCAAUGAAACCUGUUUACUGUUUGGUUCCUAGAGUAAACCGGCUAAAUGGAACAAAACGGAGAGGACUACCUGAAUUUGUACAAUAGAAACUAAUUUUCAUUGAUAUAAGUUUUACAUUUGCAACGGAAUCCGACUGAUGAAUACACUCCAGCGUUUGAACUCCUUUGUGCUGUUUGUUAAGAGUCCUCAUCACUUCUGCUGCUUUUAUACCAUUUUAACUGAAGCUUGUGGCCACAAUGACAAAUAAUGAAACUUGAUGUAGGCCUAAUCAAUGUUUUACAUCCACAUUUGACAUUACAUGCUUGAUGACUGACGGUUGCCAUAGUUGUGCACUUUCAUGUGCUCUCGUCAAAACGCUAUGAGAUCUUGUGGAGGCUUCUGGAGAUGGCAUCUAGCUAGUCAAAACGCUAUGAGAUCUUGUGGAGGCUUCUGGAGAUAGCAUCUAGCUAGUCAAAAUGCUAUGAGAUCUUGUGGAGGCUUCUGGAGAUGGCAUCUAGCUAGUCAAAACGCUAUGAGAUCUUGUGGAGGCUUCUGGAGAUGGCAUCUAGCUAGUCAAAACGCUAUGAGAUCUUGUGGAGGCUUCUGGAGAUGGCAUCUAGCUAGUCAAAACGCUAUGAGAUCUUGUGGAGGCUUCUGGAGAUGGCAUCUAGCUAGUCAAAACGCUAUGAGAUCUUGUGGAGGCUUCUGGAGAUGGCAUCUAGCUAGUCAAAACGCUAUGAGAUCUUGUGGAGGCUUCUGGAGAUAGCAUCUAGCUAGUCAAAACGCUAUGAGAUCUUGUGGAGGCUUCUGGAGAUGGCAUCAAGCUAGUCAAAACGCUAUGAGAUCUUGUGGAGGCUUCUGGAGAUAGCAUCUAGCUAGUCAAAACGCUAUGAGAUCUUGUGGAGGCUUCUGGAGAUGGCAUCUAGCUAGUCAAAACGCUAUGAGAUCUUGUGGAGGCUUCUGGAGAUAGCAUCUAGCUAACCUUAAACCCUUGGCACUGGUCAUCGUCGGUUGAUUUGUUCAAAUCCGUUAUUUCCUCAUGACAUGCUGCUGUUUGUUGAGGUGCUUGCCGUAUUCAGGACCAGUCGCUCCCCGUCUCUGUGCCACUAGAAACCAUGCAUGGGUUGUUGGUCUGUCUUGUCAGCUGUUUCCCAGGAAACUGGGAAAGGGUGGUCAAGCUGCAUUCAGUCAAACCCUACAUAAAGAACCAGGGAUUUCAAGCAACUAGUUAGUCCAUGUCCUCUUCAAGUGUUCCUUUUAAUCAGUCACAUCCGUGACCAGUAGUUGGUAUGUUUUAGCAAGUGUAGUUAAUGGAUUAGCUAAUGAUCUCUGUGUCGUGUACAGGUUUGAGAGGUGCUUGUACAACAACAAAAAAGAACAAACAUAUUUUACAAAACAUCUUUUACCAACUGACAGUAGGGUUAAUCCUUUUUAUUUUAUUUUUAAAUGCAAAAUGUUAAGGGCUUUGGCACUCCAUCCACAGUAACCCGAAAUGACCCAUAUUUCAGUUGUGUUGAUUUCAUAAAUUAUGGACCAGUAAAAUGGUGCCCUGAGUGUUCCUCUGUUCUGUACUGUCUAACACUGACCUCAACCUACAGGGCAGUGAAGGGCCUUAAAACCCUGAUUCACCCAUUCACCUUCAGAUAGACACAUUGUAGCGGGAGGCAGAUGGGAACCUUUCUUCUAAUCAUACCUGGACAUUAGAAACCCCAGCUUACUUCAUUAAUCUAGCCUAUUGUAGAAGGGGUUUGUCCACAGACAUGCUUGGUUUAGAUGUUAUUGUGGUAAGGGCCUAUCCUGUUCUCUGUGCUUCCCUGCUCAGAUAUUGGAUGGCAUUUCCUUUAUAUUAUCCUCUUGUGGUCAGGGAAAUGCUGCUCAACAACAUUGACAAGACAAAGGAGGCCUACUUAAAGAGAUCUAUUGGCCUAGUAGUUUGUCACAAAAACAGUUUUCAGAGAACUGUGGGACAAGCUUUCCCUGUUGUUGAACAAUCGGGUAACCAUUUUCUGGUCCAUUCAAUACAGCACAACUUGAAUAUUUUUCUGCUGCAAAAUCAAGUCCACCAUUCUCUUUUACAUACUUACCGAUAUAUGUAUACACAAAUGCAGUCCAUUCUGUUGCAUGUGUGUGUAUAAAACAUACAGUAUGGUUUAAUCCCUGACAUCGAAGGAUUAGAGACUUGUAUAAAUCAUCAAAAAUAAAUAAAAUGGUGCUAUUGGACCUCAUGUUGGGGCGGUCGCAGGUUUCGUGACUGGUCAUGCGGACUCAUCGAUCAUAUUCGACUUAUUAUCCUUGAUAUAUGCAGAUCUGUUCAACAGGUGUUUUUUUCCUACCAGUGUAAGUCAACACCCUGCAGGUUUGAAAGGACAAGAAGUCACUACUAAUCCCCCUCCCCCCAACUCCCUGCCUCAUGGCCUGGGGGUUAAAGGUAUAGUCUGUCGUUCAGUAGAUCGUGGCAUCAGAAGGGGACAUUCGCUCCUGGGCUGGGACAUUAAAGAGUUGGAGUAAAAGGGGUCUAUCGCCCCUCCUCUCCAGUCUCCCAUCGUAGGCCCCUUUCCCUGUCCAGCCCACGAUUGGAUGUUCCUCUUAGAAGCACACCCAUAACACUUCAUGUUUUACUCUUUUUAAAUCGUGAGUUUUUAUAGCUGUCCUGUAUCAUUUACUCAUCCGUGGAGUUGAUUAUCAGCUUAAAGGUCAUCUGACAGAAGGUUCUCACUCAACUCUGGCUCUUACAAACUCCCUCAAAGGAAGUCGUGCUUCUCAUGUAAUAUUGUCAUUCAUGUAGCCCUCUAUAACAGUGGUUUCUUUAAGCUGGACAUGAGUGUGGGUUUAGUUGGCAGGUUUUAGUGAGCCAGAUGAGUGAUUGCUGAUAUCAUCAGGAUGCUCACAUAAUUAUUGUAUUUGACUUGGACAAUUCGUUGCCAUUCAUGAAUCACUCUUCCGUAUGACCGCAAGUGUAUCAUGUAACGUAAUUUUAACAUGGAAAUGACUGAACGUAAAGGUUCAUGAAUAUCAAUAAAUCUCAGUCAAAUGUGAUGUGAUUUUCCUGGUGUCCUUCAAAAGAUUAUUCUGACUGCUAAUUUGCAGCUAGUUUAAACACACCUCUGCCCAUGGACGAGUGACAAUUGUUCAUACUGACACAACUGGGAUAACGUGUAAAGACAAUGUCAUUUGGUUCCAUUGCCCGGUUUAGCCCCUGCAUUCCUUGUAUGUGUACCGGUAUGCAUAUAUUUUUGUGGAAUACUUAAGCUCCUAUUACCUUUGUAUGUUCAACCGAACCAAAGAUGCCUCUGCCCCAUAGAGAUGUAUAGAGAUCAUAACAUGGAAGUAACCUGUUUUUGCAUGGACAUUUAGGGCUUCCUCCAUUUUAAAAUGGUCAACUGGGUGAAGAUUCCUAUGGUUUGGGAGUGAUCGACCAAUGAGCAGAGCAUUGUUUUCUUCUUCAAAUUAGUUUGUAAUUGGCUUUAAGCUAUAUGACUGCCAUUUAACGGCCACAAUAAAUUUAACACAAUUUGGUUCAAGACUCCAUCACUGCAGGUGGUAGUAAGUCACCAAUGUUAGCUUUACACUUUUUUCAAACAUCAAAAGAAGAAAAAAAUGGACUACUUUAAAAUGGAGAAAGCUUCAAUGGCACUGUGCGUGCUGUCACAGACGCCAUAAUGGCAUAGAUACAACGUAGCGAUUUCUAUACAUCUCUAUGUUCUGGCCAAGUCCAAAUGCUGCUCUUCAGGCCUGGCUUCCUGUCCUUCCAAAAAACACCCCUGCAAGAGACAAAAUGUUAUUUUCUCCCGUCUGUUUCAGAUUUUUUUAUCUGUUUUUUGUACGAUUUCUAACUUGUCUUUUGAUUUCUUUAGCAACCUCUUAUUCAAUGAAUUUCAUUGAUUAUGUCUGAAGCCUUACCCGGCAUCAAGGACAGUGAAAUUACUUGGUUGCACACAGUUUUUUUUAUUUUGUUGUCGUCACUUGUAUUUUAAUUAUUUUAAUUUUUUAAACAAAAGAAAACCCCAUAGCGUGCCUCCUAGAUGUAUGAGUUUCUGUGUUUCUUUCCUAAAGACCAGCAGUUAUACUUUAUAUAAAAGAUGAGUUUCUCCUUAUUUUUUACGCCGUUAAAGAUGAAAAAAGACCUCUUUUCUUUACUCUGGACCCAGUAGCUGCACUGGUAUACAAUCGCACUAAUAGAUAAACAAAAAAAAUACAAAUAAAUGAAUCGAUAAUAAAUUAAAUAAGAACUACAAUACACUUGUGUUUGGAACUUUUAUAAGAUUUACUAAAGUAAAAUAAAUUACUGUUUUUGUACAUCAAAAUCUAUUAUUUUCCCCAAAACUAUUUUGGAUCUAGUUUCUAAAUGAUUUGAGUUGUUUUCUAUGUUCUGAAAAUGUGUCGCUGUGCAGAGCAACUGUCUCUGCCGUGGUGGCAUGACGGGGCGCGGGGUUGCCUGGUGUAAACCCCUCACACCCACCUUUUAUUUCUUGUACUUUUCAUUUUUGGUUCUGUCUCUUUCUCUGCUUUAGUAACUUAAAUGUUGAUGGAAUAAUAUGAACUGGGGGGGAAAAAGACUCCUUUAGAGCUAGAGUCUCCUUCCUCUCCCAUUGAAUUGCUGUUAGUGUGAUGAGACUUGAAAUGGGCAUUUAUGAUAGUAUGGCUCCAAAAAAAUACAGAAAAUGAAAAA